AUCUUUUGUAGAAACACAUGUUUACCCACUGCCAUUCUUAACAGUGACAAUCCAAAUGAUUCAAUACAAAGACACGAUUAGAACAACAUUUAUUUCCAUGUAAAAUGAGUAAUAUCAUAUUGAUUUUGUACUUUACGAUCACAGCCAGGUCACUGUAACUAUCAAAUAUUACAUUUGACUCUUAAUCGGUCAACAUUAUGCUGAAAAGUGAAAAAAUACACCUUGUUAUAUGUACACUGUUUCCAAUGUGACAUAUAAGUCACAUCAUUAUAUAACAGAAACCAACUUGUUUAAGCGGACCUUCCUGUAAUGAUGAUUCAUUCACAUGGCAUUGUGAUUUGAUGACACAUAAAAUCCGCCCAACUCUAUUUAGUUUGUUACUAUGUGAAGUUGCUGUUGUUUUUUAAGAGUUUAAAUGUACUAUAAAUAUUUAAUACAUUUGGUUAGUAUUUGUAUUUUUUUCUUUAAAAAACAACCUGUUUUUAACAAUUUGUGUUAUAGCUGCAACCUCUGGUUUUUUAAAAUGAAAAAAAAAUGAAAAUAAUUUUUAGUUACAAUCCUAACAUUUCUUAGUGCUGCUUUGAGCUGACUGAAUGCUAACAACGGCAUGAUAAUAAGCUCACAAUGACUAUGCUAACAUGCUAAUGUUAAGGGGAAUAAGGUUUGCCAUGUUCACCAUCUUACUUAAGUAUAUCAGACACUGUUUUAUUAUUAUAAGUAUAAAAGGUCAAAUUGUUUUCAUUAAAGGUAGAUGGCGCUAGAUUAUAAAGGAAACAAUCAUCAAUACCUCGGUAAUUAAGUUUGAAGGGACCGUAUCUGCCUGUGCCAAAUUUCAUCAAAACUCAACAAAGUCAAAGUAUUGUCAAAGGAUUCAUCUUUUGGUCACAGAGAAAAUCUGUUCAAAGAUUUCAGGGAAAUUCCUCAAAUAAUUGUUGAGAUACUUAACCCCAUAACUAAAAGUGCCAUCCUCUGGGGGCCACGAUCCACCUAAAGGUUUGUUUUUAUUGUUUGCAGAUUGCGACUAACUAUCUCUUUAUUUAUUUAAAAUAUUUUGAGUUGAAUGUAUCAAUUCAACAGGGAGGACGAAGGUAUUUGGAUCAAUAGAUAGCGAGGCUAUGGUUUUGUGUGCACUGUUCCUUUAAAGCACUUGCAGGUUAUCCUUUGCAUUCUUCAAAUAGUUGGUGCAACCCUGAUGAGUCAGCGGCUUGAUAAUCUUCAUAGUUUUUUCUCCCCUGAUUCAAAUCAAACUUGACUGCCUGCAUUUUUUUCCGGAGGUUUCUUUGUCAAAGCCAAAUAUGUCGACAACACAGUGAAUACAGGCUUUUGUUUUUUUAGCUUCGUCUGAAUUGUCAAGAUGCAUUUGCCAAACUAAGUCAGGUAUGUUAAAAGUGCAGAACUUGAAAGAGAGAACAAUACGGGGCAGAGCAGCAUUCUGACAACCGGGGAGAUGAGUAAACACAUUAUGAAAUGUAUAACAGCUCACAAUAGCUCCAGUUAGGGCCUGUUUUCUUCAUCAGAACUAUCAAAACAGCCGCACUUAUAAAGAGUCGAACUGUUGACUAUGUUGGAAACAAUACACCAGACAUGAAGGACUUUGUUUAAAGGUCAGGGCUACUUUAAACUUCAACUUGAGUUAGACUGGUUGGAGAACAAUAUCCUUCUGUAAAGGUCAGUCUAAUGGUUAACAUUUUUAAGCAUUUCAGGUGGCGAGCUGACACUCUUAUCGAGAGUAUAAUUUACAACCAGUGGGCAGGAAGCAGUUCACUGUUCCAGUCAAGGACACAUGGCUGUUGAUUGACGUGUUGACUUGGCCAGGAUCGAAUGUUCCCUGCAGACUAAAAAAAUCUAAUACACAACAACGCACUCAUGUUAAAUUCACAUUGUUUAUUUUUUAAUUUAUUUUAACCCUAACCCUAACCCUAACCCAAAGUUAUGUUUUAAGGAAAAACUACCUAAUGGACUACCUUUAAAGAUGGUGGAAGGAUGGGAUCUGGGUCAGAGAAGGACCCAUUCAAUUUUGGUGCCGAUCCAGAUCAGAGGACUGUUGGGCCCCUUAGGAAUGAGUGGUUUCUGAAACUUGAUUCCAAGUAAUUACCCACUAAUCCGUGCAUCCACUGAUGCGCGCAUACACACCUCUGUGCCUGAGGGUGGGGGGGACUAUUGCAACCUGUGAAACCACAGCCUGUUCCCAUUUUGUUUUGCUGCAUCUGAUUGGUGUUCCGAUAAUAUAUUUCUCAGUGCAUGUCACAGUUUCACAUAUUUCGGGCUUUUCUUUUAAUCUUAUUGUUCAUCUCAUCCACCUAAUAUGCUCAGGGACUGGUGAAAGUGGGAAGAGCACUUUCAUCAAACAGAUGAGGAUCAUCCAUGGCAGUGGAUACAGUGAAGCCGACAGGAGGGGUUUCACCAGGCUUGUGCUUCAGAACAUUGUCACAGCCAUCCAGGCUCUGAUCCAUGCCAUGAAGACGUUACAGGUUGACUACAUCGACGCGCACAACACUAUCUGCGCGGACAAGCUGAGCAAAGUGGAGGCAGCCAUGGUGUGUGCCCUGGAGCCUUGGCAGGUGGAUGCCAUAAGGAACGUGUGGAAUGACCACAGUGUUCAAAGGUGCUACGACCGCAGGAGGGAAUUCCAGUUAUCUGACUCUGCCAAAUAUUACCUGAGCGACUUGGACAGAAUCACAAGCCCGUUUUACAUCCCGACCCUGCAGGACAUCUUGAGGGUCAGGGUCCCCACCACAGGCAUCAUAGAGUAUCCCUUUGACCUUUCCAAAGCUAUCUUCAGGAUGGUGGAUGUGGGUGGUCAGCGUUCAGAGCGGAAGAAAUGGAUCCACUGUUUUGAAAAUGUCACAUCCAUCAUUUUCCUGGCAGCCCUCAGCGAGUAUGAUCAAGUGCUUUAUGAAAAUCCCGAUGAAAAUCGACUGAGAGAAAGCCUCGCCUUGUUCAAGACCCUUCUUUCAUACCCUUGGUUCCAAGAGUCCUCCACCAUCCUCUUCCUGAACAAAACAGACCUGCUCGAAGAGAAAAUCUCGCAAUCCCAUUUGGCGACUUACUUCCCAAACUACAAAGGGCGUAGGAAUGAUGCUGACUCUGCCAAAAAGUUCAUCCUGCAAAUGUACAAGGAGAAUCACAGUGGACAUGGGAAACACCUUUACACGCACUACACCUGUGCCACGGACACCGAAAACAUCCGUAUCGUCUUCAAAGACGUCAAAGACAUGCUCUUCAGAGAUAACCUGAACAAGUUCAACCUCGAAUAAAAGAGGUCAAGGGACAAAGUGAUUUCUUUCACCCUUAGGAACAAGAAAGUCACAUGUUGUAACAUGCGCUAAUGGACAUUUUUUCUUUGAUGUGCUGUUGGCCCACAGACAGCACUGUCAGGUAACAUGUUCCUGUCAGUACUGUAAAACACAGACAGUGUGUGUCUGUGCCCUGGAGGGACACCUGCAGCGUUGGUUAAUGUUUCUACAGAGGUGCUACAAAUCCUUCCUAUUCUUACGUUAUUCUCUGAGAAUCAGCCAAUGGUAACAAACCGGUUUGACAGAGUCUGAUUCAUCAAGAAUUGAAGCCACUCUGCAUUGCUACAUUGGGAGGUGCAAAAAAAAGGAUUGUCUACUGAGAAGUUCAGUGUCUUAAGUUUUAUUUAUACUUUUUAUGUGUGUAACAACAACCAAAAGCAUGUAGGCUGUGGAAUGAUUCUUCACUAUCAGUCACCUAAUAAAUCUUAAACCAAAUACAUGUUUUUAAACAAACCAAAUUCUGUGCUGUUCCUCUGUCAAUUUGCACCUUUUUAUAUUUUUGAGGAUAAAAUACUUAAAUGAAAGAAGAAAACACCCGUAGGAUCGUGUGAUACUGUCGC